UAAAUAUUUAUAACUUACAUCGCACUGUAAGUGACAGAAGCUAAUCAUUUGCAGAACACCAACGCCAUCAAGCUUUCGGGCACACAAGUUAAAACCGGAAAUCAAAGUUUUCUUCAAGUUAAGAGUUAUUGAACGUUAUAAAAAUCGCACAAAUUUUAAGAAUGGCAGCAAACUUAGUUUUAGAUCUGAACCAAUUAAAUAAUAAGUUAUUGAAAGAUGGAGAGAAACAUCAAUUGGUGAACACAAUAACAAAACAAUUUAAGGCUAACAAAUAUAGUAAAGCAGAAAUUUGUGAAUUCUUGAAUCCCAGAAAAAUUGGAAUAUAUGAAAAAUUCUUUAAACGGCUUUAUAUAAACAUUUUAAUUGAAACGAAAAAUGAUGAUAUUCUCAUUCAAUCCUUAUUAUCGGAAGAUGAAGAAAUUAUUGAUACAAUUAUUAAGCGUUGUGAUUUUUUUUGGGGAAAUCCAAAUUAUUCUAUAAAAUUUUUAAACGAAAAAAUUUUUCCACAAAUUUCAUAUUCACAAAGAAAAGAAAUUCUUAAAGCUGUACAAAGAAACAUAAAAGAUCCUGAAUAUUCAAAAAAUUGUUUUGAUCAAUUGAAUACAAUUUAUGGUAUUGAGACAGCCCGACCAUUUUUGAAAUUUUGCACAUUAGAUGUAUGGAUUGAAACACUUAACAGGAAUGUAUUUUUAAAUGAGAAAGAUCUUUUAGAUAUUAUCAGAACUCGUCCGAAAGAUGUUUUACAUUAUAUUGAAGCGUUAGUAGAACUUCAUAAAAAAGAAAAACUCCCAAAUAAUUGUUCUUUAAAUGAUUAUUUGAACAUUUUUUUGAAAUUGCUUGAUUUAUAUCCACAAGAUGCUUUUAAAUUAAUUGAUAGAAAAAAAGGUGUUUUAAGUUCAUUUAAAGCCAGCAGAAAAUUAACAAAAAAGUUGAUUAAAUUAUUUUCUGAUUUUGUAUUGGCCGAUGCAGAAUCAGACAGAUAUAAUCAAUUUAUUAUCAUGAAAUAUCUUACAAAAGAGCAACUGGAAAUAUAUUUAAGUGAACUUUUUCCUAAAAAUAAUCCAAAUUCUGUGUGUAUUCCAGAAAUAAAUUAUCAAGUAAGUUGUUACAUUGAUAAAAUAAAAAGUAAUAAAGUAAAACUGGAUAUUAUUCAAAAAUGCUAUAAACGGGUUUAUGGUAAAGAAUUGCUAGCCAAUAAGAAUAAUAUUAAUUUGGAAUUACUAAAAUGGAUGGAAGACAAUGAUUUGAGACACAUGUAUGCAAUGGAAAAAUUUGAAAAUACCGUUAAUAGUGAUGAAAAUGUUAAACCUUCAGAAUGGAUUCCGUUUAUGAAAACUGAUGUAUCAAUUCCCAAAUUAAAAGAAUUAAUUCAGACUUCAACCAAUGCUACAGAUCGUAAAGAGUUUCUAAAAAAUUUGAUAUUUACAUGUGUAAUAAAUAAAGAUUCGAAAGCUUUGAUUGAAACAUUAAAAUAUGUAAACACAAAAUUCAAAAAUGAACAAAUUUCUGUAAGGAACAAUUGUAUUUCAAUAUUGGGUUUUGGUUUGGAAAAAAAUUUAAUUACUUAUAAUCCAGAACAUUGGGAAGAAAUUUACAAUAUGAUAUAUAAUUUCGAUCUGAAAUCCGAACUAAAUGGAUAUACUGCUAAUAUUCCAAACAUUAUUUUUACGGAGGCAUUAAAGUAUUCAAGUAAAGAUAAAACUUUAUUCAAAAACUGGUUUCGACUAUUCUGUCAGCAAGCAUAUUAUCAAGAGGCGUUCAAUGAAAUUUUAAAAACUAAAAGUAAAAAGAUAUUAGAACUGGCAUCAGAAUGUAUAGAUGAAAAAAGCAGUGAAUUUUUAUUAGGAUGCUACCAUACUUACAAUAAAGAUCAUCCAAAGGAUACUUUAAAUAUAUUUGGAUAUGAAUUUGCUUUGCAAUGUUGCAAAAGAAAAAUCAAAGAUAAAGAGGAAAAUAAUCUUUAUUUACUAUCUGAGCUGAUAGAUUUUCUUGAAAAAGAUCGAAAUAUUGCUAAAUAUUUUAAUAACGAAAUUACAACACUUAAAAAAGAAUAUAUUACAAGCGUCAAUGACGUUGGUUGUUUCCCAAACUUUGCAAAAUACGCAAAAUGUCACAGCGAUUAUAUUCCAAUGAUAGCGCCAAAAAUAUGUGAUGUCUAUAUAAAUUUUCUUAAACAAAGGCACAACUCGUUUUGUGUGAAAAUGUACUGGUACCAAUAUAUAAAAAAAGUACCUGAAUUAGAAACUGCAUUUCACAAAAAGUUGUAUGAAAUUUUGAAAAACAAAGAAACUGACGAAUUGAAAGAGUACGCUAUAUGGAUAUUGUCUUCACAUUUAACAAAUGAUGAGUUUUUCGAAAUAGUGAAACCCUAUUAUCCUAAGGAAAAGGCACCUAAUACUGAAAGUGAUGAAUGCCAGUACAAGUUUAUGUACCAAAAACGAAUAGCUUACAGUUUAAAAAGAUUUAAAUCCGAUCCGGAAACUCUGAAUGCACUAAAAGCUUUUUGUUAUGGAGAUUAUUUACAAUGGACAGUUGGAAGUCUUAACAGUAUUUGCAAAAAAAUCCCUUAUUAUAAAUCAAAAGAGUUUCUUGAAAAAUGUAUCAAUGCGCCUGUUUCGUUCAGAAAACACGUUUUUAGACUUCUGUAUACGAUUUUGAAUAAAAAUUCAUCAGUUAUUCUAACAAACGAAAACUGGACUAAAGAAAAAAAUCCAACAACAAGAAAAAUUUUGUUACAAACCAUACUUAAAUAUUUUAUGAAUGAUUUUGAUAAACUGACUUGGUGGAAUAUAUUGGAAAAUUGCAUAAACCAAUUAAGUAGUAAAGACAAAGAUAUGAUUGAAAUUUUGGCUAACACCAACAACAUUCCAUUUGAUUAUUUAUCACAGUAUGUAGAAUUAAUAUAUAAAAAAAUUUUGAAAAUCGAAAAUGAAGUACCUGAUCUUCAAAAAACAAGAUUUAAAAUGUUACACAACAUAAAUUUUAAAAUAAACUAUAUGUCGAAAGAUUUCAUUGAAGAUCUAUUAAGAGAAAACUUUUUGAAUAUAAAAUUACAUCAAUCUGUUUGUUCCAAUUACUCAAUAAUCGCGGCGAGCUAUUUGUUUUCGAACAAAACAUCUAAAUCUGACGUAGAAGAAAGAAUUAAGUUGAUUUUUGAAAAGAUUAAAUUGGCAUUUAAAAAUUGGAAUUCAUAUGAUGAAAACAACAAUGUUUAUUUUGUAAGAGAAUUAAUAUUUGACUUUAUAAAUGAAGUAAUUCGAAAAAUUUUGAACCUUGAUAUAGAAGACAAAGAUUAUAUUAAUUUUAUGAUUUUAAAUUUUGUAAAAUCGUUAAAAGAAAUUUUCGAUCCUUCGAUUUACUUAUAUUCAUAUUAUAUCCAUUUCGAAUUAAUUUUAAUUUAUUUUGAUGUAGACAAAAAUUUAUUAGAGUUUGGUAAACAGAUUCGUGAUAUAAUUGAUAGAGAAAUCCAAAGGUACGGAACAAUUUCAAUAUUUCAGUUAACCAAAGAGUUUCAACGUUUUUACGAACUUCUUGAAAUUGAUGAUGAUAAUGAAAAUAAUAUAACAGAUAUUAUUGAUGGGUUAUUAUAUGAACCGUUACCAUUUUGUGAAUGCGCUUUAGUUGUACACUUUUUAUUAAAUGUCCAAAAUGCUGUUAAGGAUAGUGAUAUAAAGCGAAAGUAUAAUGAAAAAUUGUUGGAAACAGAAGAGAAGAGAAUAAGGUUGUAUUUAAACAGCAACUAGUUAGAAAUUGAACACAUUCUUUGGUUAAAAAUUUGUAAAAUUUCACAAAAUAAGUGUGUCACUUAAUUUAUUUUAAACUUGUAAAUAUGUAUAUGUAUAUAAAAAUGGUAAAGAAAAAUAUGAAAUGUUUCAAAUUUGAAAAAUGCAAAUGCUAAUUAAUAAAUAAUAGGUAUGAAAAUAUCUACAUAUGUACAUAAUAUUUGUAAUUAAAAUCUUAUCUUCACUUAACAUAAUUAAACAAUUUUGUAAAAUAAACAUAUAAGGUUUUCUAAGCCUUCAAAGAUACGAUUUUUAUCU